GGCCCGUUGUCGAAGCGUAGCUCCUUUAAAUGAGACGGUGAAAUGUUGACGGCCGGAGUUGAUGAAGUUGGUGAGUGUUUGAUGAACGCGUACGGUUUUAAAUCAACUGCGCGGUCUGUUCGUUGAUAGUUCGAACGAAGUGUGGCGGCGGCAGUUUUUUUUUUUUUUAACGUUUUUCACGAGUAGACUCGUCUGAGAACGUAAAAGUUUAAAUGUCAGUUAACAACCGGCUGCCGUUAACGUUACCUGUCGUUACCGACACCAGCGGGAACGAGCGCCGCGGCCCUCGUGUCGUUCUGGGAUGACGCAAAAAAAUAAACACAUCUCCCACAUUUUUAGGGAGAAAUAAGGAUUUAGUUCCUCCGUGAACCGCAUACAUUGAACGACACGCACAGAAUGCCAGGGGACCACGAUCAAAACAGGAAGCGCCGCCCCCCCAAAAUGUUUUUGAUCUCGACCGACCUGAAGGUGCAGGACCAGCUGGACGGUACCAUUGUUCUGCAGCGGGGGUACAUGUGCCAGGAGCAAGACUCCGGCAGGAGCAGAGGCGACUCCCCUUGGGUCAAGGUGUUAGACAACGACUUGAUGUUGAAAAUAGAGAGGAAGUACCUGCUCGAAAUCCCGACCGACCUCAACGGCCUGCUGGAAGCCGUAUGUGAACCGGAGGCUCGAUUUAAACUUCUAGGUAGUCCCGGGAAGCUGCAGCAGAUGGUCGCGUUGCCUGUCGACUCUCCGCUGUGGGUCCAGAUGGGCUCGCAGGACGAGCUGGCCGAGGCCGAUCUCAAAUACGUCGGGCCGCUGACCAGGGGGAGCAGCGCCGUGUGGUUCGGGGUGCAGCUCAAGGGUCGGGCAGCAGGUAGAGGAAUAAGCAACGGCUCCUUCAAGGGCCACCGGCUCUUCUCCUGCCCCGACGCCUGUGCCCUCUUCCUCCCGGUCAGCCACAUCCGCCUGCGCCACUGGUCCCGCAACAAUUCCACUGGCGCCCACGAGCGAGACCUCCAACACCCCCCCCACCGCAGCGGUGCCUACAACCCCCCCAGCAACGGCCACCAUAGCAACAACGAGCGUCCAAGUCCUCAGCAGCAGCAGCAGCAGCAGCAGCAGCACGGCCGGCACGUCAGCUUCCAGCAGCAGCCCGGCAGCCCCCCCCAGUCGCCGGGCGCGGCCGUCCUCUCUCGAACCGCCGAGCCGUCGGCCCUCGCCGCUCAGAGCCAGGCGCCGGUCCGAGGGCCGCUCCACGUGGGCCAGCGCGUGUGCUUCCCUCUGGAGAGCGGCGUCCAGGGGGGCGAGGUGCGCUUCUGCGGCCCGCUGCCCGGGCGCCCCUCGUCGGGGCCGUACGUCGGCGUCCUGCUGGACGCUCCCGUCGGCAACUGGGACGGCGUUUACAAGGGCGAGCCGCUCUGCCACGUUCCCUCCGCCCUCUACGGAGUCCUUCUGCCCGUCUCCAAGGUCUCCCCAGAGACGAAACCCCACCGUCAGAACCCCCCCCUCCAGAUGACCAGACCCAUCCUGAAGUCGGCCCCGCCCCCGGCCACCCGGCCCGGCCCUUUGUCGCCGCCGGCCUCCGCCCCCAAAGUGGCCCUGAUGCCCCCCGGCAAAGCGGCGCCUAGACCUCCCCCGCCGCCCAAACCCGCCCACAAAGCCCCGCCUCUCCCGCCUCCCAAACCCCGCAGCCCGACGACGACGCCGCCGCAGCAGCAGCUGCACGCCAACGGGGCGCACGGCCCGCCCUCGCCGCUGAGGUCCCCGGGCGGCAGCGAGGGCGAGGAGGCGGGGCCGCGCGGCGAGCUGGAGGUGGGCUCGAUGGUGGAGGUGAACGAGCCGCCGCUCUUCGGGGUCAUCCGAUGGGUCGGACAGAUCGGCGGCGUCCCGGAGCCGGUGGCGGGAAUAGAGCUGGACCAGGAGCUCUCUGCGGGAACCGACGGCAGUUACCUCGGCGAACGCCAUUUCCGUUGCCCGGCCAACAAGGGGCUGUUCGUCAAGCUCCGCAACUGCCGACGGGACUCCAGGUUUCCCGCCCCCGAGACGCCCGUCAAUCAAGUGGAGCGAUGCAACUCCAUAGCCUUCGCCGAGUGGGGCAGCGAGCGGGUGGAGGAGCACACCCCCCCGGUGGACGGGGGCGAAGCCGCCGAUCUCUACCAGGGCAGCAAGAGGGGCAUCCAGGGUCACCUGAACUCCUGCUACCUGGACGCCACGCUCUUCAGUUUGUUCUCCUGCUGCAGCUCAGCGGACUUUGUGUUGUUCUGGCCGUCUGACUCUGACGCCGACUCGAGUCGCGCGCAGGACCUGCUGCGCUGCGAGAUCGUCAACCCGCUGCGAAGGAACGGCUACGUGUGUGCCAGCAAGACCAUGGCGCUGAGGCGGCUGCUGGAGGCGCCGAACAGCGACACGGGCUUCACCAGCCAGGAGAAAGACCCCGAGGAGUUCCUCAACCGGCUUUUCCAGCUCCUCCGAGUCGAGCCGCUCCUCAAGAUCAGGUCAAUGACGCGGCAGCCUCAGGAGGGCCACCUCUACCAGCUCUUCCCGCCUACGCUCCCCCCCUCUCCCCGCUCGCCUUCCCCCUCCUCCUCCACGCUCGGCUCGCCCGCCCCCCUCCCCUCGCCCAGUCACAUGAGGGUCGCCAGCGUCCAGGCGCUGCUGGAGUCCUCCUUCCUCCACGCCGGCCUCAAGUUUGUCGAGACUCCCUCCUGCCUUCUUACUGCUCAUGUCUCGGGAUCGGGAAGGACUUCAAAAUGUUUGACGCCAAUCUUGCCGACUCUCAGCCUGGACGACACCGACCUGCUGGACGACGCUCUGAGGCAGUGCAGCAUCUGUCAGGCCGUGGCCGAGUUCGAGUGUCUCCAGUGCUACGACGACCCCGACAUCACUCCCGGUCACCUCAAGCAGUACUGCCAGACGUGCAACACGCAGGUGCACAGUCACAGGAAGCGGGCGUCCCACGUGCCGGCGAGCGUGGCCGUCCCCGGGGGUCCGUGGUCCGGCGGGCAGCUGUGCGCGCGCCAGCGGAUGUCGCUCUUCGCCGUGACGUGCAUCGAGACCAGCCACUACGUGAGCUUCGUCAAGCACGGGCCCGACGCCGCCGACUGGCUGUUCUUCGACAGCAUGGCCGACCGUGAAGGUGGCGAGAACGGAUUCAACAUCCCCCGCGUGAAGGCGUGUCCGGAGGUGGGCCGCUACCUCAGCCUGUCGCAGGACCAGCUGAGAAGAGUUGACCCCGCCUCCUUGCGUGAGUCGGCCCGGCGCCUGCUGUGUGACUCCUACAUGUGUCUGUACCACAGCCCCGAGCUCAGCCUGUACAAGUGACACACACACACACAGUAGAGCUGACAGCUGGAGCCCCUGUUACUCCUCGCAAAUUCAGUGCGUUGUGGGUUGUUGUGGUUUUUUCCCUCCAAACAUUACGCAACCAGUAACUUUAGUUUCUAACCCAAACAAUGAUGAGGUGAUAUUUACAACUUACAUUUACUGAUUUUGAUACUACUUUGAUUCUACUAUUUUGUGUUUUGAAAGCUCACAACGUGUUGUACAGAACGAGACGGGAGAUUUGUUUCUGGCCUGCUGUUUGCAGCGGAUGGAUCAUUUCGUCUCCCUGAUGGUUGAAAGAGUCUUUUGAUAUGCAUGAUGGUGCGUUCAGGACGUCUGUAUGUGCUGCUAAACGACACUUUUUCACCAGCCUGGACGCUUGGGGCCGUCCGAUCCCGUUUAAGAUGCAUUUGAGUGUUUGUUUUUUUUAUGCUGUUGGACGCGGACCUCCUUCAGGCCGCGUCACAAGAAAACCGUCCACCUGGAGAAGGGAGAGAACGAAACGUGUUUAUAGUGAAACCGUCUGCUACGUUUACACGAGAACAGCCGUAUGAUCCAAUGCGCCUGAUGAACACACAGCCGGUAGUCUGUUGGUGGUUUGAAAUGCUCGAUGGUAGGUUAGUGGUAUUUGGGGUCCGUGCCGGCCUUUAGACUUUAACUGUGCCUUAAUAACGCUCACAAAUGGUUUGCUGAACCACUGUGCCUGUAGCCUGUAACACACUUUACACUUUCUAUUUUGCACUGCUUCCUUUACAUGUCAGUAUGCGCGUGUGUGUAAAUAAUAGUAUUGCCUUAAACUGACUGUGAAGAUUGCACUUGGAUGUUUAAACUUUUGUCAUGCUGACGGGUUGUUUGAUACAAUACAGCUGCAAAUAAAUGCCUUGCUAUCACCCUCCA